AUGAUCAGGAGUGAACGAACCACCGCUGUUACAGUGCGUAAUGCUUACAAACGCUACACGCCCAGCUCCGUCAUCCUCAUGGGGCUGGACAUGACUGUACAAAAAGGAUCUAUAUAUGGUCUCCUUGGACCAAGUGGUUGUGGUAAGACGACUCUUUUAAGCUGCAUUGUCGGCCGGCAGACACUUGAUUCCGGGUUCCUCAAUGUCAUAUUUUCAGACAAGAGACAGGUCGGAUACAUGCCUCAGGACAUCAAUCUCAGUAGCGAGAUGACGAUUAUGGAAGCGCUUAUCUUCUACGGAAGGAUUUACAUGAUGGAGCCAAGCAUGAUACACUUAAAGGCGAAAGAGCUGAUAAAUUUCCUCGAGCUGCCUCCUGGAGAUAGGAUUAUCAGCAAUUGCAGUGGAGGACAGCAGAGAAGGGUUUCAAUGGCAGUGACGCUAAUUCACGAUCCUGACUUACUCAUCUUGGAUGAGCCGACGGUCGGCCUGGACCCAGUUCUCUGUGAAAGUAUCAUGGAAUUUCUUGUUCAACUGGCGACGGUGAGAGGGAAAACUAUCAUAAUAACUACCCAUUAUAUAGAGGAGGCUAAAAAUUCAAAUAUGAUCGGCUUAAUGAGAGGCGGAGUUCUACUGGCAGAAGAGUCACCGCAGAAACUAAUGGAGAAGUAUCACUGCGAACACUUGGAGGAUGUUUUCUUGAUCUUGAGCGAACGACAAGAAAAUGAUUCAUUUAAAACAAAACCGUACCCACCGAUAGAAAAACCAGACGCACCAUUUCCAACGAAAGCAUAUUUCACCUGGAAAAGAUUCAAGACUCAGUUUGACAAAAACUGGACUUGGAUGUACAGAAAUUGGGCGGUGACUUUGUUUGUAUGCCUGGUACCAACGAUUACAAUGUAUUUGGCAUGCAUACAUGACAUAAAUUCCAUGGUGACACGACCGAUAGCAGUCGUCGUGCCAGAGAGUUUAAACUGUUCAUCAGAUUUCAAAAGAAUAAGGCCGUGCCUGCCAGACAUGGAUUUUGCAUGUCACUAUAUUCAAAUUUUAAGAAUGGAGUAUCCUGUAGAAGUGUACCAUAAUGAAAAAAUAGCAGAUUACAGUGGUAAAAAAGGUUUAGUGGUCGGUGUAAUAAGCAUAAAGGAAAAUUUCACCGAGAGCAUCAUGGAGAGGCUGGAGAAGCAGGGAGAUACGCCGAAAAAUAUCGUAGAUCUGGGAAUCAUGGAAGUAUCUUUGGACAUGACAAUACCCAUUCAUGCGUUGUUGAUUACAAGGCGUACUUAUAACGCUCUUAUUAAGCUGCUUCAAGAAAUCUGCAUCGCUUGCGACAUCAGCGUCAAAUGGACUCACAUUCCGAUUGCGAACCAGGAGCCGGUUUAUGGGAACAGCGGUUUGAAAUUAAUCAAUACUUACUUGGGUGCAAUCGUUUGCCCAUUUGUUUUCUACAUAACUUUUGUUUAUACUUCGACAGCAUUGAUGAUGGAAAAAUCUUCUGGGUUGCUUGAAAGAAAUCAGAUUGCUGGAUUGACACUUUUGGAGAUAAUUGUGGCACAAAUUGUGGUACAAUUUUUUGUUCUUACGGCUCAGAACAUUUGUAUUUUUUCAGUGAUAUACGGAAUGUUUGAUAUUAAUAACAGCGGACAUUUUUAUAACAUUUAUAUCAUUACAUUCUUCUGUGAACUACUUGGCAUGGCAUAUGGGAUUUUUCUCGCCUUGCUCAUGGAAAAAGAGACAAUGGUGUCUUAUGUUGGUAUAGGGACUAUGCUUUCAUCUUUUCUUUUAUGCGGUUGCUUGUGGCCGAUCGAAGGGCAGCACUGGUUACUCUCAUUAUUCGGCAAGAUUGUACCGUUGACAUAUUGCACUAAAGCAUAUUUCGAGGUUUCGAUGAGAGGGCGUGCUCUUGAAGAUGUGCCGAUGGCUAUUGUCACACCGUUUGUAGGGAUCGCUUUUUUUGUACUUUUAAGCGUUAUACUUUGUAAAAUGAAAAUCAUUGUUGUUUAAUUACUCGGAUAUAUUAACUAUAUUUACAUUUUGCUGUAGCAAAUUGAUGUCUUUUUGAUGAUUUCAAAAUUAUUAUUAUAGUGUUAAUAUUGCA